GACUCAGAGGCAGGUCUUUUUCGGGGAGCUUCAUCGUGGUCGUCGCUGUUCAAGCUGUUUAUUAGUUCCUAAGAUGUUGGCUCCAAAGCACUUCUGUAUUUUUUGCUAACUUUAUAUGAAAUUUAAAAAGGGUUAAAUCUUGUAAAACAAGAACUUGAUUUUUCUUUUUUUCUUUUUUCUUUUUUUUUUUUUACCAGACUUUGUCAUCCUUCCCGCCAUCAGGUCGAUUAACAGCAGAUUAACGGCAGGUUACCGGAUCGCCGCCGGUAUGAACACGGAGGAGACCAACGUGGAUGUGAAGGAUGCUGAGCAGGAGGAGGAGGCGGCGGAUCCGGCUCCGGAUGCCGCCCCGGUCCCCUCGGAUGCUGAUGCGACGGAGGCCGAUGUGAGCGAGGUAGACCUGGAUCAGGAGGAGCAGGAGAGGCAGCCGAUGACCGGAGGAGCGGAGCGGGCCGAGGACGCUCCGUCUGCCGGAGGAGACACACCGGCGGCGGAGAAAAACGGCUCCGUGAAGCUGAAGAUCCCCGAGGAGGAGGACCGGGAGGAGGUGAAAUUCACCGGGCUGAACAAGGAGGAGCUGCUGAGGGUGGCCGGGACCCCGGGGUGAGGAGGAGGAGGAGGAGGAGGAGGA